GGGACAAAAAGCGGCACGCACACCUCCCCUCCUCUCCCUUUCUCUCUCCUCCUCCCCUCACCACGAGAGCGAGCGCGGCGAGCUCCCCACCCACCACCACCACCGACGGCGACUACCUCCGCCGCUGCCGCGAUGUCUCGCCUCUUCCGCGAGUCCCGCCGCGACUCCUCCUCCUCCAACGGCUCCUCCGCCGCCGCCGCCGCCACGGCCUCCACCGGCGGCCUCCCCUCCCCGUUCCCCGACCUCGGCGUCCCCCUCUCCGCCGCCGACCUCCGCGAGGCCGCCUACGAGGUGCUCGUCGCCUCGUCCCGCACCACGGGAGGGAAGCCGCUCACCUACAUCCCCCAGGCGGCGGCAUCGGCGGGUGGUGGUGGUGGGCCGGCGUCCCCGGCCUCCGCCUCGUCUCUCUCCUCCGCGAACGCCUCCUCCUCCCCGUCGCUCCAGCGCUCGCUCACCUCCGCCGCGGCGAGCAAGAUGAAGAAGGCGCUCGGGCUGAGGUCGUCGGCGUCGUCCAAGGGUGGGAGCCCCGGGAGCGGCGGCGGCGGGAAGUCGGUGCCGCCGCGGCGGCCGGCGACCGUCGGGGAGCUGAUGCGCGUGCAGAUGCGGGUCUCGGAGCCCGCCGACGCCAGGAUCCGGAGGGGCCUCCUCCGCAUCGCCGCGAGUCAGCUUGGCAGGCGUGCUGAAUCUAUGGUCUUGCCCUUAGAAUUCCUACAGCAGUUCAAGGCAUCAGAUAUCCCUGAUCCUCAAGAGUACGAGGCAUGGCAGAGUAGGAACUUGAAGCUUCUUGAGGCUGGUUUGCUUGUUCACCCACUUGUUCCAUUGAACAAAUCAGAUGUUUCUGCACAACGACUGCGGCAAAUUAUACGUGGAGCAUACGAUAGACCACUUGAAACUGGGAAAAACUCUGAGUCAAUGCAGGUCCUACGUAGUGCUGUCAUGUCCCUUGCUGGUAGGUCUGAUGAUGGGACUUCUGACGGAUGCCACUGGGCUGAUGGUUUCCCCUUGAAUCUCCAUCUAUACCAGAUGUUGGUAGAAGCUUGCUUUGAUAAUGAUGAUGGCACUGUUGUUGAUGAGAUUGAUGAGGUGAUGGAGCUCUUAAAGAAGACCUGGGGUAUUCUGGGAAUUAACCAGAUGCUUCACAACCUUUGCUUUGCUUGGGCAUUGUUCAACCAUUUUGUUAUGUCCGGGCAAGUAGAUAUUGAGUUGCUCUCUGCUGCGGAGAAUCAGUUGGCCGAAGUUGCAAAGGAUGCCAAAACCACAAAAGAUCCAAAUUACAGCAAAGUGUUGAGUUCAACUUUAAGCUCAAUAAUGGGUUGGACAGAGAAAAGACUUCUGGCUUACCAUGAGACCUUCAAUACAAGUAACAUUGAGUCCAUGCAAGGUAUUGUGUCAAUUGGAGUGUCAGCUGCAAGGGUUCUUGUUGAAGAUAUAUCCCAUGAAUACCGUCGGAGGAGGAAAGAAGAGACUGACGUAGCUCGCAGCAGGAUAGAGACCUACAUAAGGUCUUCACUCCGUACAGCUUUUGCUCAAAGAAUGGAAGAAGCAGAUUCCAAGCGGUCAUCAAGAAACCCUACCCCUGUUCUGUCUAUCCUUGCAAAGGACAUUGGUGACCUAGCAAUUAAGGAGAAAAAUUUGUACAGCCCAAUUUUAAAGACAUGGCAUCCCCUUGCUUCAGGCGUUGCUGUUGCCACCCUUCAUUCUUGCUUUGGAAAUGAGCUGAAACAGUUCAUAGCUGGACUUACAGAGCUGACCCCAGAUACGGUUCAAGUGCUUAAGGCUGCUGAUAAAUUAGAGAAGGAUCUUGUUAAUAUUGCAGUUGAAGAUUCUGUGGAUAGUGAUGAUGGAGGCAAGUCAUUAAUCAGAGAGAUGCCACCAUAUGAAGCUGAAAAUGCAAUUGCUAACCUGGUGAAAGUUUGGAUUAAAGAAAGGAUAGACAGGCUCAAGGGAUGGGUUGAUCGGACUUUGAAACAAGAGACUUGGAAUCCAGCUGCCAACAGAGAGAAUAUUGCUCCCUCUUGUGUGGAGAUGCUUCGGAUGGUUGGUGAAACAUUAGAUGCAUUUUUCCAAUUGCCCAUUCCAAUGCAUCCAGUUCUUCUUCCUGACCUGAUGUUUGGACUUGAUAGAAGCCUACAGCUUUUUGUGUCUAAAGCAAAAUCUGGCUGUGGAACAAGGAAUUCUUUUAUGCCCCAACUACCUCCGUUGACACGAUGCGAGGUAGGAUCGAAUAUAUUGUUCAAGAAAAAGGAAAAGCCACAGAAUCCACAGUACCGAGGAUCACAAAAUGGAACAACCAAUGGCGCUGAUCCCUUAGCCCUUCCUCAACUCUGUGUACGCUUGAAUACGCUUCAAUUCGUGCGAGGUGAACUCGAGAACUUAGAGAAGAAGAUAAAAACAGGCUUGCGGAAUGUCGAGUCAGCUCAGGCAGAUGUUACCGAUGGAUUGGACAUCAAAUUUGAGCUUUGUCAGACAGCCUGUCAAGAGGGCAUUCAGCAGUUAUGUGAGACAACUGCAUAUAAGGUGACAUUCUAUGAUUUGGGGCACGUUCUCUGGGAUAUCCUUUAUAUUGGUGACAUUGCAUCAAGUAGGAUCGAGAUAUUGUUGAGAGAACUCGACCCUAUACUAGAGACCAUAUCUGGUAUGGUGCAUAACAAAGUGCGGAACCGUGCUAUAACCGCAUUGAUGAAAGCCACUUUUGAUGGGUUCUUGCUGGUGCUUCUUGCUGGUGGGCCUUUGCGUGCUUUCACCCGUCAAGACUCCCAGAUAAUAGAGGAUGACUUCAAGGCCCUUAAAGACCUGUUUUUAGCAGAUGGUGAUGGUUUGCCAGAGGAAUUGGUCGAUAAGGCAUCCUCCCAGGUCAAGAAUGUCCUACCCCUCCUACGAACAGACUCCGAGAGCCUUAUUGACCGAUUCAAACGCAUGAUGGCUGAGUCUAAUCGAUCUGGAGCCAAGAAUAGGUUACCAUUGCCACCAACAACAGGGCACUGGAGCCCGAACGAACCCAACACAGUCCUGCGAGUUCUGUGCUACCGUUAUGAUGAGACGGCUACCAAGUUCCUAAAGAAAACCUAUAAUCUUCCCAAGAAGAUCUGAUGAACUCGAUGUACAUUUUCUGGAAACAAAAUCAUGAAACCCACUGAGGAAGUCAGGAUUUGGAAUGAUUUUGUCACAUCCUCCUUUGAGGAACACUACCAUUGUAAAGCUACCACUGCGGAGUUUGCCUUAUCUGAGGCGAUUGAUUUGAACGGGGGAGUUCAAUUCAGCAACUUGGCCCUUCUAUCACAUGCUGUUCAGUGGCGCCAAGAAAUAUGCUGGUACUCUUUUCUUUUUCUUUUUUCCUUUUUUUUUUGGGGGGGGGGGAUUACUUACAGGUCGAUUUGUUUAUUAUUAUGAUUAUAUGUUUUACCCUAAUCCAGUUCUUUUGCUGACCUUUGCCGCUGCAUGUGUGUAUUUUUCCAGUAGCUGUAGUUUGCAACAGAUAUACCCAUCUUGUGAAUAAGUUUUGUACUGGUGUGACUUGCUGCGUUGGACUUGAGUAUAUCAUUAUGCAAGGCAUCUGGUUCCUGCAUUCGUGUUA